AUGGAGCUAGGCUUGGAGGGAGACCAUGCAGGUGAGCGCAUGGUGGCUCAGUCUGUAUCCAGGGGCCAGGGGAAGGAGACGACAGAGGAGGAGGAUGAAGUCGCUGUGGGGAUGGAGAAAGGUUUUAUGGACGAAUUCUUUGAGCAGGUGGAGGAGAUCCGGGGUUUUAUCGAGUCUCUGGCAGAGAAAGUUGAGGAGGUGAAGAGGAAGCACAGCGCCAUCCUCGCCUCGCCUAACCCCGAUGAGAAAACUAAGGCUGAGCUGGAGGAUCUCAUGGCAGACAUCAAGAAGUUGGCCAACAAAAUACGCUCCAAGUUAAAGAGUAUCCAGCAGACCAUCGAGCAAGAGGAAGGCCAGAACAGGUCAUCAGCUGACCUGAGGAUACGCAAGACACAGCACUCCACACUGUCCCGCAAGUUUGUCGAGGUGAUGUCAGAAUACAACACCACCCAGUCGGACUACAGGGAGCGCUGCAAGGGACGCAUUCAGAGACAGCUGGAGAUCACUGGGAGAAACACAACAAAUGAGGAACUGGAGAGCAUGUUGGAGAGUGACAACCCAGCUAUCUUUACCUCGGGGAUCAUCAUGGACAACAUCACCGAGCAAGCUAUGAAUGAGAUCGAGACGCGGCACAAUGAGAUCAUCAAGCUGGAAAACAGCAUCAGAGAGCUUCACGACAUGUUCAUGGACAUGGCCAUGCUGGUGGAGAGCCAGGGCGAACUGGUGGACAACAUUGAGCGUAGGGUGCUGGAGGCUCAGGAAUAUGUGGAGCAGGCCAAGGAGAGCAUCCCAAAAUGCAAAAAGUUCAAAAAGACCGGCAGGCGGAAGGUGAUCCUGAUAGGAGGUUGUGUUGCAGCAUGUCUGACCGUCCUCAUUAUUUCCCUCGCAGUUGGACUCAGUUAA